GAGAGGCAGGAAAAGUUUCUUCAGAGGAAAACGCAGGGCCCGUCUGUGGGCCUGACGUCAGCUGUCGCUUUCAUAAACUCCCCCUGGGGUGGGGGGGGGCUGAGGAAGGCUCUGUACUGCUCUGAUGGGCCGGCCCAGUCCUGGCCCAGCUCCCCCAAGAGGCAGCUGCAUCUUCUGGGCUGAGCCGCAGCAUCUGUGCCAUUGACCUCCAGGCAUGAGGUGGUUCCUGCCCUGGACGCUGGCAGCCGUGGCAGCUGCAGUGGCGGGCAGCGUCCUGGCCAUGGCCCUCUCUCCAACCUCCAUGACCAUGGCCUUCACCCCAGCACCACUGGAGGAUGCAACCGCACGCCCUGAAUUCUGCAAGUGGCCAUGUGAGUGCCCGACAUCCCCACCCCGCUGCCCGCUGGGCGUCAGCCUAAUCACAGAUGGCUGUGAAUGCUGUAAGAUAUGUGCCCAGCAGCUCGGGGACAACUGCACAGAGGCUGCCGUCUGUGACCCCCACCGGGGCCUCUAUUGUGACUACAGUGGGGACCGCCCGAGGUACGCAAUAGGAGUGUGUGCACAGGUGGUCGGAGUGGGCUGCAUCCUGGAUGGAGUGCGCUACACCAACGGCGAGUCCUUCCAGCCCAGCUGUAGGUACAACUGCACCUGCAUUGAUGGCACAGUGGGCUGCACGCCGCUGUGCCUGAGUCCCCGGCCCCCACGUCUCUGGUGUCGCCAACCCCGUCGUGUGAGUGUGCCCGGCCAGUGCUGCGAGCAAUGGGUGUGUGACGAUGAUGCAAGGAGGCCACGUCAGACUGCGCUGCUGGACACCAGGGCCUUCGCAGCUGCAGGUGCAGUGGAGCAAUGGCAUGGGAACUGCAUAGCCUACACGAGCCCCUGGAGCCCUUGUUCUACCAGCUGUGGCCUAGGCAUCUCCACACGGAUCUCCAAUGUCAAUGCCCAGUGCUGGCCGGAGCAGGAGAGUCGCCUCUGCAACCUGAGGCCGUGUGAUGUGGACAUCCAUCCUCACAUCAAGGCAGGGAAGAAGUGUCUGGCUGUGUACCAGCCAGAGGCACCUGUGAACUUCACUCUUGCAGGCUGUGUCAGCACACGCACCUAUCGACCCAAGUACUGUGGAGUCUGCACAGAUAAUAGGUGCUGCAUCCCUUACAAGUCCAAGACCAUCCAUGUGAAUUUCCAGUGUCCAGACGGGCCUAGCUUCUCCCGGCAGGUCCUAUGGAUUAACGCUUGCUUCUGCAACCUGAGCUGCAGGAAUCCUAAUGAUAUAUUUGCCGAUUUGGAAUCUUAUCCUGACCUCUCAGAGAUUGCCAAUUAGGUGGGCAUGGGGCUCAGGGCAGGGCUCCACACUCGCAAAGCAGCCAGAUCUCUAUGGCCCAGGACUUUACAAUUGAGCCUUCUUUCACCUACACCCUACCUAACUUCUAACUUCCCUGAUCCUGACCUUUUCCUUUUCCUAUUUUUGACCAUUCCAGUGGCCUAAAAGGGAGCUGCUCAGGUUUAGACAAUGGGUCCCUUCCUUGAGGACAUUCUAUAUCACUUCAAAGAAAACAAGCCUGACACUGCCUGUCU